AUGUGCGGGAUCUUAGCAGUGUUUGGUUGCGUCGACAACUCUCAGGCGAAACGCGCUCGAAUUGUCGAAUUGUCUCGCAGGUUGCGACAUAGAGGCCCUGAUUGGAGUGGUUUGCAUUGUCAUCAAGAUUCUUACCUUUCUCACCAACGUCUUGCCAUUAUCGACCCUACUUCUGGAGAUCAACCUCUUUACAACGAAGACAAGACCGUUUUUGUCACUGUCAAUGGGGAGAUAUACAACCACAUGCUAUUGCGAAAGAAACUGACUUCCCAUCAAUUUCGAACUGGCAGUGAUUGUGAAGUGCUUGCUCAUCUUUAUGAAGAACAUGGUGAAGAGUUUGUUGAUAUGCUGGAUGGAAUGUUCUCCUUUGUGCUUCUUGACACUAAAGAUAAAAGUUUUAUUGCUGCUCGUGAUGCUAUUGGCAUUACCCCUCUUUACUUGGGUUGGGGCCAUGAUGGAUCAAUAUGGUUUGCAUCUGAAAUGAAAGCUCUGAUUGACGAUUGUGAGAGAUUCAUAUCUUUUCCUCCAGGGCACAUAUAUUCCAGCAAACAAGGAGGACUAAGAAGGUGGUACAAUCCACCAUGGUUCUCGGAGCAAAUUCCAUCAACACCCUAUGAUCCAAUAGUUCUGCGUGAGGCCUUUGAGCGGGCUGUAGUUAAAAGAAUGAUGACUGAUGUACCUUUUGGAGUUCUUUUGUCGGGAGGACUGGAUUCAUCACUUGUUGCUGCGGUGGCCAACCGGUAUUUGGCUGAAUCUGGUGCUGCUCAACAGUGGGGAUCACAGUUACAUACUUUCUGCAUUGGUUUAAAGGGCUCUCCGGAUUUGAAAGCUGCAAAAGAGGUAGCUGAUUAUCUUGGCACUCUUCACCACGAACUUCAUUUCACAGUUCAGGAAGGUAUAGAUGCACUUGAGGAAGUCAUUUACCAUGUUGAAACCUACGAUGUAACAACUAUCAGAGCAAGUACUCCAAUGUUUCUCAUGUCCAGAAAAAUCAAGUCAUUGGGAGUGAAAAUGGUUCUUUCUGGAGAAGGUUCAGAUGAAAUAUUUGGAGGUUACCUGUAUUUCCACAAGGCACCUAACAAGCAAGAGUUGCAUGAAGAAACAUGCCGAAAAAUUAAAGCUCUUCAUCUUUAUGACUGCCUGAGAGCCAAUAAAUCAACCUCAGCUUGGGGUAUUGAGGCACGUGUACCAUUCUUGGAUAAAGAAUUUAUCAACACAGCAAUGGCUAUGGAUCCUGAGUGGAAAAUGAUACGGCCUGAUCUUGGAAGGAUUGAGAAAUGGGUAUUGCGUAAUGCAUUUGAUGAUGACAAGAAUCCAUAUUUGCCAAAGCACAUAUUGUACAGGCAAAAGGAACAGUUCAGUGACGGUGUCGGAUACAGUUGGAUUGAUGGUUUGAAGGAGCAUGCUAGCGGACAAGUCACAGAUGCAAUGCUGAAACAUGCUAACUUUGUUUACACUGAUAACACUCCUACCACAAAAGAGGGAUACCACUACAGGACAAUUUUUGAGAAGUUAUUUCCAAAGAGUGCUGCUAGGUUAACAGUUCCAGGAGGUCCUAGUGUGGCAUGCAGUACUGCUAAAGCUGUGGAAUGGGAUGCAGCAUGGUCCAAGAAUCUCGAUCCUUCUGGUCGUGCCGCGCUUGGUGUUCAUGCAGAUGCAUACAAGGAUUCGGCAGAUACCAAAAUAGCCAAGCCCGAAAAUGGAUCCCUCUAAAGGCUGCCAUGAUGCAUUGUCGAGUAGAAUUUUAAAAAUGUAGAUAUUUAGAUAGUAUCUUGUGGGAAUUUAAAUUCAAGUAGAUGAACAUAAAACUACUGAAGAGAGUUUGGGUUGUUUUCAUUUUCCACAAAACCAAGAACAACCAUGCAAUGCGCCUAUCAUAGUCACAGCAUGCUAAUAUGAUUUGACUUUGAUAGCAAAUAAUAAAACAGUACGAUGGUUUUUAAUAUGGUCAA